AUGCAAACACACGUCGUAACUGUUACAUCACCUUCGGUCGAUCAAUUUGAACAUCUGAGCGAUGAGUAUCCGAAUACUAUUGUUUGUCCUUGUUCACAAACCAAUAUUCGCUAUGAUCAAUUUAUGUUAUUCAAUCCACGUUAUCAUCAAGUGUGUUCAAGUCAAUUUGUCUCUCAGCAAUUCAUUUCAACACUGUUCAACAUAAAUAUGUCCCGAUUUUCACCACUAGAUUUUCGUCUGAUGGCUAUGUCUCAGUUUCAGGUCUUAGCAUUGUUGUGUCAAACAGCGGCAUCAACUAUUAACAAUGACCUCAAUCAAUUUCUGACUCAACAAAUGGUUACCAGUCGAGCUUUAUCACGUGAAGUAUUUGAGGCUCAAGUUGUAGCGCUUGUCGAACAAAUGCAAACGACAACAACAGCGAACGUGAACGAUUUUGUUGCAGAACAAUGGUGGGGUUAUCUAUGGGGCACUGAUAUUGCACCCAAUUUUCUGGAUCUUCAACUUCUUAGCAUUCAUUUUCGUAUUCUUGCAUCAUUAUGUUCAUUAGCACAGCAAUCUAUCGAUAAUGACACAAGUGCAUUUCUUACUAAUAAAUUAGUCACUUUUGAAGCAAUGUCAUUCAGUUCAUUUCAAGCUCAAAUUGAUUCGCUUACAGCCACAUUUAUUGCUCAAACAUCAGACAAAUUUCGCCGUACUCAGCUAUUUAUUUAUGAAACAUUUCGUGCAAAUCAACUGCUAGUUGUACCUGAAACAAACUGGCAAUUUGUUCGCACAACUGCGGCAGAUAAUUACGUUCUUGCCACUGUGCCACGUAGUUCAUUUGGAAAUAAUUAUUCAUGUAUUACAACAUUAGACAGUUUCCCACGACCUUUGUAUAUUGAUGCGAAUUCUAACACGAUAGCAUUGCCUGGCGUGGUAGGUGGUUGUUUACCAAUCGAUGGUGCUCGUCUGUCUACUCUGGAAUGUUUCUUUAAUUCAAACUGUAUUCUUAACCUGGCAAGCAUUCAAUUGACACGCCCUACCACUUUUUGGCUUGCUAAACCACUCAAUACUUCAACACCUAGUAUCUAUCCUUCGAAUACUCUCAUAAGCAGCCUCGUUGAUAGUUUAUUCGUGGAGGAUUGGGGAAUUAAAAUAGAAUUUCUUCGAGGAAUAAAAGAGUGUAAUAAUAUGUCAUUCGUAUUUUAUCCUGUUUAA